AAAUGUUAUGUGUUAAGAAAAUUUAUAACAAUGAUCUCCUGCAAUUGGCUUUAGUAUUAAGCCUCUUGCGAUUAGACUUUAGCCUUUAUUUAUAUCAGGAUCCAUACUUAAAUACACCAAUUAGAAAUUUUACAAGUACGAUUAGCCAAAAUUUACCAGAAUCGUAUCAAAAUGAUUAUGUGAACCCAAAAAAUUUAGAUAAUAUUUUACUGAAUUAUGAGCGGCAAUUAUUCGAGGAUCUAAACUCAUUAGGACGAUAUAAUGGGGCAUGGAAUAGUCGAAAUAUCCCGCAAAAUUACAAUAUUUCGGCGUAUUUAUUAAAUGUUGAACGAGGUGGGAAUCAUGUACAAGAAACCGUUCCAGAAUCGGAAAACAGUACUCAUCCAGAUUCUGGAAUCGAGAAUGUUUCGGAAGAUGAAACACAUACAACACCGAAUAUCACCCAAGAGGAUUAUCUCCUUGACGAUUGUUCGUCAUCGAGUGUUGAUUCCGCGGAUUUCUUACAUACGUCGAACAAUCCAUUAUUGAAUGAUGUGCCCAAAGAUUUUCAAUCGACGACAUCGAAAACCCAAGAAAGUUUGAUUAAGACUGAAACUGAAGAUAACGAGGAUAAUGAUCUGUUAUCACCAUUCGGAGAGAUUUUCGAUGAUGAUCUACAAUUAUUUUCGACGUUAUCUGUAUCGAAGACUGAAUAUGUUGAUCCUAAAUUGGAGGAAGAAGUACCAGAAAAUAUAUUUUCGGAUAUUUUUGAUAACGAUAUUGAUGAAGGGGCUGUUGGACCAAUUAUUGGAGAAUUAACUCAAGAGGAUAUGGAUUUAAUAGAAGUAUUAUGGAAACAAGAUGUGGAUUUAGGUUUCUCUUUAGAAACAGUAUCCACAGAAACAGUAAAAACAGAUCCAAAUGAUUUGGCAAGUGAUCUAAAAGCAUUAAAAUUUUCGUCAAAUUCCAAAGAUGGUUUGGCUAUGUCACCCACAUGUUCACAUUACACAGCUGGAUCUGAGGAUUAUGAAGAAAAAUUAAAAGCAAUUGAAGCCUUAAAUGAUGGUUCCUUAAAGACAGAAAAUUCUGGUGAUGAAAGUGAUAUUGAAGAUCCUUGGGCAGGUCUCCAGUACACAAUCGAUACAGAAACUGGGGAAUAUGUAUUAAAAAGUGGUAUAGGGACCGCAUUGCCUUCUGGGCAUUGCGAUAAUUCCUUACCAUUACCUUUAGAGGAUCUCGACACAUUACCAUUGUCAUUACCAGAUCUUCUAUUCGAAGAGAAUCUACCGAUCAGCGAUUUUGAUGAAGAGGAAUCACCAAAAGUAUUAUACGAUUCUGAUAUCCGAGACGAAGCAUCACCAUUAUUGAAUGUGUUCGGGUCAUCCGAUUCAAAUAGUGUUGCAUCAACAUCGGCUCAACCUGACCCAGGAACAGACGAAGAAGAUAUUCUAACAAUGAUACAAACGGCACAAUUUCAUUCGCCACAUCCUCAUGCAUUUCAGAAUCAUAUGAAUCCAUAUGGACGCAUGAAUGAACAGAGAUGGCAGGAUGUGGCUGGUUUAUUAGGUGACACACAUCAUGGCGGCAGUGUUGUACCACAUGGAGCCAGUGGCAUUUCACAUCAUCCAAGUGGUUCACAUCAUGCAGCAGCAUUUAGCGCACAUCAUGCUGUUGCCGCCUUACACAAUCUAGGACAUGGACAUCAUCCGCACAUGAGUGCAUACGGACCCAGUGCACAUAAUGUGACCCUUGGUCCGACUGGCGCAACAAUGCAAGAUCCAACAACACAUCACCAUCAUCAUCAUGGUAUUCCGCCAGCGCCCUUUUCGAAUAUUACUGGCACCAAUUUAGGUACAGCGGUUGCGACAUCGAUUAAUUUAACAAAUACUGCGGAAGCAAUUGAUGCUGGUGCCUCGGCAUCCUAUAAAAUGGAAAAUGCAACGAAUCCAUCACAUGAUAUUAUGUAUUUUCCGAACACAUCCUCCGAAAUUAGCAACGCAACGGACGGAUUUCUAUCAUCAAUCUUAAAUGAUGAAGACCUCCAACUGAUGGAUAUGGCAAUGGGCGAUGGAAUGUAUCCAAUGCGUAUGUUAGACGGCAAUCAAACUGCUUUAGGCGCAACCAGCGGUUUAAUGUCAUCCAGAAUGGACAUAGCAGCUGCUGCAGCUUCAGAGCGUAUGGACGCAUCGAGCGACAGUGCUGUGAGUUCAAUGGGUUCGGAACGAGUUGCAUCUCUAUCCGAUAACGAAUGGGGUGACGCCACAUCUGAUUCGGGACAUACCGCGGCCGAUCACUAUAUUUUAGACUACGCAAGUAAAUAUCGACCAUAUGAUUAUAGUUACACAAAUCGUGGGCCACAGACACCGAAUAAUUUAUUGGGUACAUCGGAUACACGACGUUUAAGUUCUUCGUCUUCCGUCGCCCAGAAAAAGCAUCAUAUGUUUGGUAAACGAUUCUUCCAGGAUCAACAUUUGCAAUCUCCACCAUCGAAUAUGAAAUAUGAUUAUAAUUUGACAUCCACGACACCUAUCGAUAUACGGAACGGCCAAUCAAUUGGAUCAGAUUCAGCCCGAGCAAAAGUCACAGAUACAAAAUUCCCAUGCGCAAUGGAUCAUCCUGGACACUUACACAGUGGACGUUCCACAUUAGAUCACAUUCAUCACAAUCACACAUACAAUCUACCACCAGAGAGUACUGGAACUAUGCAAAGACCAGUGUUCCGAGACAAAAGUAAAGUUAAAAAUGAAGAUGAACCUCAUCUAACUAGAGAUGAAAAACGUGCGCGAGCUUUAAAUGUGCCAUUAUCCGUUGACGAUAUUAUUAAUCUACCAAUGGACGAAUUUAAUGAACGGUUAUCGAAAUUUGAUUUGAGCGAACCACAAUUGAGUUUAAUACGAGAUAUUCGACGCCGUGGAAAGAAUAAGGUGGCAGCACAAAAUUGCCGAAAACGUAAAUUAGAUCAAAUAUUAAGUCUUGCCGACGAAGUUAAAGAUAUGCGAGAUCGUAAGAAUCGUUUACUUGCGGAACGUGAAUUUAUGGUCAGUGAAAGGCAACGUGUUAAAGAGAAAUUUACACAAUUAUAUCGUCAUGUUUUACGGAAUUUACGUGAUCCAGAUGGUAAUCCCUACUCACCAAGUUUAUACAGUUUGCAACAAUCAGCAGAUGGUACUGUAAUCAUAGUACCAAAAUCCAAUAUCACAGAUCCAAAAGACAAAAAACCACCCCAAUAAUUGUGGGGGGCUUGUGUUUAAAUUUAAAC